GGAAGUUAGACGUUCUAAAACAUGAAAAUUUAAAUGCAAAGUGUAUGGGUAAAAUGUAAAUAGUGGACAGUAACUAUACAUUCAACGUUUGGAAAAUAGACCAUUUCAAAUGAUUAGAACAAUCUUAACUAAAGGUUCAACUAUGUCAUCUACCAAUAUCACCUGCGGACACUGUGAAGAUGGAACGCGCUCCCUUGUCGUCAAAUGGUGUCCAGAAUGCGAACAUGCAUUUUGUGUCAUGUGUGAGAAGAAACACGGUCAGUCAGAGACAAGCAAGAACCACACAACCAUUGCAAUAGAAAAUUUUAUGAAGUUACCACAAUAUUUACAGCAAUUAAAAGUGACAUGUUCAGAUCAUCAUGAAAGACAAACAUGUUUCUGUGUCAACCACGAAAUCCUCCUGUGUAAUACGUGCAUACAAGACACACACAUAACAUGUGACAAUAUUAAGCCAAUCCCGGAAGUAAUUAAGAAUUCAAAACAUUCCGUAGCAAUUGAGACUGUUAAUCAAUGUUUAAAUGACUUUAUAACAAAUUUGCAUAAUAUAAAACGUGUUAGAGAAAACAAUAUUAAAAAGUUCAGCCAACAGAAGAAAGACAUUUUAACAGAGUUUGCGACAUUGCGUGAAGAAGUUAUUCAAAAAUUAAAUGAUGCGGAAAACAAACUAAUCGGAGAUAUAGAUUACCAAGUUGGAGAACAAACAAAAGAAAUCAAAACUUUUCUAGCGAAAAUAGACGAACAAAUCUUAGACAUGGAACAAAAGCUUCGCGAUAUUCAUUUGAUGACAUCGUUUGGGUCCGAUUUUCAAACAUUUGUGGGAAUUAAAGAGGUUGAAAAAUAUGUUCACAAGGAGGAGUUGGAGUUACAAUCUUUAUUUGAUAAUAAUCAACUUGAUGAGAUCUGUAUGAAGUUUAAAGUCAAUAAACAGUUGCAAUCUUACUUGACAGACAUUACACAAGUCAGUGAAAUUUUCUUGCAGACUAUUCCCACAAAAGUGAGAAUUUUUAGAAAAGACAAAAGACAAAUGCAAACACCUAUUAGUAGCAAAGAGUCACAUCUGGGGUUGGCUCAAAAAUUUGACAUUGAAGAGGGAUCCUGCAAUCGUAGUAUUAGAGGUUGCACGUUUAUGCCGAAUGGAAAAAUUGUUUUCACUGACCGUAACAGCCAAGCGGUAAUCGUACAUAAUAGCGAUGGUUCCUUCCAAUGUAGCAUUGAUGGUCAUGGACGCGUAUUUGAUGUCGCUGCAAUCGAUAACACAUAUGUUGCUGUAACCUCAGGCUCUGAAGCUGUUAUUUAUUUAUAUAACAUUGAAAGCCAGGAAGUGGUGAAAACAACGAAAACAAAUGGUCCGUGUUAUGGUAUCACCUACAAAAGUGGUGCACUCUUCUAUUGUGUCGAGGGAAAAGGAAUAGAAACGAUGGCGCUUUCCGAUAAUACAAUUUCAGAAUUUUACAAAGAAGCCCUGCCAUGGGGAACGUACAUUACAACAGUGGAUGACAAAAUUUGCUUUGUCAAUCACGAAAUCGAUAUAAUUAAGCUACUGGACUCUUCUUCAAACGUCUGCCGGACAUUUAAUUACAAACACUUUCUGCGCAAUCCACGAGGUGUGACGUCAGAUAACCUUGGUGUAAUUUACCUAAUUGGUCACACUACAAACAAUGUCGUGUCAAUUUCCACCAUUGAUAAUAUGGAAUGCAAGCAAGUUCUAUCUAUGGAAGAUGGUCUUCUUAAUCCAACAGCCAUCGAUUUUGAUUGGAGGAGAAAUAGUCUCAUGGUUGUCAGUUGGGAUGGAAGUGUCCUUGUUUAUAACUGUAACUAAAAAGUCAUGAUUUUUACCGGCUGCUUCUGAUCUGUCAUAUCAAUGCCAAAUUCAAUUAUCAAUUUCAUACAUUUUAUGAAUGUAUACUAACAAAAAUUCAUAUAUCACUAGUCAAGAAGCAAUUAUCAAACAAAAGUAAAUGCUAAAAUAAAUCACAAUGAGACCAUAUACUACGUUAACUGCUAUUCUUAUGAAAUAUCUUCAGUGCAGUAUAAAAACAAGAGGAUCUAAUAUAAUAAACAAUGCAAUAUUUACCAAUGUUCAAAUAGAUUGGAUGUAGGAUAUUAUAGACAACUGCAUGGCCAUCAACAACGAGAAAACCGAAUAUAGUAUUAUCGGAUCUCUCAUAAGGAAUAAAAAUCCUUAACUGUAGAUCAUAAUGAACACAAAUGGUUAAAGGGAAAUGAGCAGUUUUGCCAUCUUGCAUACGAAUUUUCAUAAAGAAAUUCUUCUCUUAUGUGUGAGUUUGCAUAAAUUUCAAACAAUAGUAUGCAAAAAAAUAUUACAUCUUUAAACAACAUAUUUAUUUUUUACUUUAACAGAACCUGAACAAUGUCUUGU